AUGGCUGAUCACAUUUCGCUGAUCUACUCCGCCCUCGAGGACGUACCUUUGAUACUAGCACCGCAAUUUACUUAUAUACAACCGGUGACGCUCCCUCCGGAUUUUACCCCUGAUCAGAGGCAAGUGGACAAAUAUGACUUUGAAUUAGAACGUCAAGUAACAAAAGAAGCAGACCAAAGACGUCAUGAGAGUGAAACCCGAGCACAGUUGAGAGAAGAACAAUUGCGUACAUUACGAGAAGAGAAGCUCAGAAAACAAAAGGAAGCUGCCCGCAAAAUAGCGCCCGGGUUUUUAGAUACAGAUCGGAGGAUUCUGACACCAGUUAAUACGCAGAGGAGAUCCAGUCAACAAGGAGAUGCUAUUUUAACUGGUGUAAGCGAGAAUGGGUUGGUUGGGAAGAAUACGCACGAACGAGCAUCGAGCAAUGAUGAGACAAAUAAGAACGCUCCAUUUGAUCUCGAUUUUUCAACAUGGUCUUCUCCAACCACAAAUUCCGCACAGAGUACAAAUUCUGAAGACCUAUCCAUCUCGUUAGUCCCUUCAUCGGUUCUAAAACAACACCAAAGACCUCCAACAUCAAUACCAGCAAACGGUAUUCACGUCCAACCUAAUCCAUCCACUCAGCCCAACAAGGCAACCGCUCGAUAUCCCCCUGAGCUUCCCAAACAAUCAGUUGCUCCAGUAUCUAUUCCACCACAUGCUACAUAUAAUAUGUCCUCACAUCCGCCUAUACGCAUGAAUGCGGGUAGACCAUAUAAUGUACCGUCGUAUGCUCCUCCUCCGAUAGUUCCACCAAAGCCUAAUGUGCAGGCAGAGAGUGAUAAAGAGGACAAUAGCGAUGCAUUUCAGCAGUUGACUAAAAUGGGAUUCUCUAGCGAUCAGGCUAUUGAGGCAUUGAAAAAAUAUGAGGACGAUUUAGUGGGGGCGACGAACUAUUUGCUCGAUUUACAGUAA